AUGUGUAGGGGUUGUCCCCCUAUCAUUCUUGGCGGUCUUACCUUAUCCUAUCCUCGCAACGUCAGGGGAUUGCCUCCUCGGUUGCAGAGCCCUGGAUGUGUAGGGGUUGUCCCCCUAUCAUUCUUGGCGGUCUUACCUUAUAACCUUAUCCUUCUCAUCCUGUCUAAGCUGGUACAUCCCAUUCUUACAAACUUAAAUAGAUACACGAAUACCAGGUUAAUUGACUAA